UUAAGGCCUAAAACAAGCCCUCUAGGGUCUCUAGGUCAGUGCUCACACCGAAAGCGAGAGAGCGCAAAAGUGACAGUCUGAGAGAGCCCUUCCAGAUUGCAACGUGUGCGGCUGUGUGUGAGUACGUGUGUGAGUACGUGUAUGGAGGGAGCCAGCCAGCUAGCUAGCCAGUUAGUCAGGAAGUAAUUCGGGCCGCCAUCCAUCCAUCCAUCCAUCCAUCCAUCCAUCCAUCCAUCCAUCAAGUGGCGGCGGUGGGAGUGGGAGUGGGAGUGGCCAUGAAUGAGACCAAACUGGCCGAGAUUGAGCGGUUCUGGUCGCGCGGUAAGUUGGCCCGCGUCAGCACCGAACUCACCAAGAUCCUCCGUGACAUGGGACAAGACCCACAAGACCCUACGACCGACCGGGCCACAUCCCACCUGGCCACGCCCCCAGCCACUCCCGAGGACUGUCGGCACGCCCGGCAGGUGGCUCUGCUGGUGUUGCAAUUGUGUCAUUGUCACCUAGUCCAGCAGCAAUUUGACGUGGCCUUGACGCUGCUCCGGCAGCUGAAUGCGGGCAUCACGCUCAGGCUGGUGGAGCAGCCCUGGUUUGAAAGGCUGUAUGGCCUCUACUUGGCCGUCUACUGCCUGGGCCAGGGCGAAUGGGACCUGGCUCUCUUCUUGUCCCUCCACUUCAAUGCCCAGGCCGACCCGCACCCCAUGGAUAAACCUGACGCCAACGCCACCCCCACCCCCAGCCGCCCUUCCUAUGAUGAUCCGCAGGUGAAAAGUCUAUGGAAUAACUCGGGCCACCUCUUGCUGUCACUGGGGCAGAGUGUGGUGCGAUGGCAUCCGGAGGUGAUUCCGCACGUCCGCUGUAUGACCGCGGCUCAGGCCCAAGCUCGUCUCCAACAGUUGCUUCAACCCCAAGACUCCGAGCCUAAUCCCCGCCCUACUCCGCCUCGUUUGACCGUGGACCCUCGUCGUAUCCUCCAAACCUACGUGACGCCGGAUUCUCAGACCCCGCAUGUCAGCCGGGCUCGAGUGGCUCUAAAUUUGAAGAAAUACUCGCUGGCCAUCGUCAACUUGAAUCAGAUGUUGACAUCGUGCCCACCCGCUCAAGUGGGGCCCAUUCACUACAUGAUGGGCCAUUGUCACGAGGCCCAGGGCGAGUUCGAUCUAGGCCAAUUGGCCUUUCAGAAUUGUUUCCAAACCUGCCCGGGCUUAGCCGCUUUUGGGCUAGCCCGGAUCGGAUGGGCUAAAUCCAAAUUUGAAGAAAGCCACGCGACCCUAAUGAAGCAUGUCGUGUUCAACGAGACUGACAUCACGAUGUGCCAAUGGCCGGAGAACUUGAAAGAUCUGUUUGAAGAGAGUGACCGAGAUACUUUUCAUCAACUGGUCAAGCGGUUACUCACCCAAUUGGAGGAGGCGUUGGAAAAAGAGCGCCAGCGAGUGACUUGCGCUUCCAAUUUAUGUCCUCACCGCUCCAAAAAUGGUCGGUCCAUAACCAACCCGGAUAUCAAUCUUCAAUUAGAUCACGUGGUCAUUGACUGUACGCAGGGGUGCAGCUUAGCGUUUCAUGGCGAAUGCGCGCCAUCUGAUACCCCGUUCAAUUUCUCGUGUCCCUCGCAGUCAUUGGAGUGUCCCGGUGAAAUGAAAGCCUUUUGGAUUCGACCGGAAGGCCGAGACAAGUUGCCCGAAUUGAAAGCGGCCAAUGUCAUCCCAAAUAAGUGCUUAGUGGCUACGCAGAGUAAUGCUUCCGCGGAGAUUGUUCACGAAUCUGAUGUGAACACGCCAUCGGCGAUCCCGAAGAAACCCAAGAAGAAGCCCUCUGCUAAGGCGUUAGCGAACCCUCCCCAAAGAAAAAAGACUGAGGUUCCUCAUGGGUUCAAUGAUAAAGUGGCUUUUUACAGGAAAGAGACCAAACCUGUCUCAAUUGCACAAAUCUUAAUUCAGAAUGGUGUGAUUCAGAUCGACAAUCUUAUAACUUCAUCCGAAAAUAUUUACAAAUGUAUGAAGGAACACCUAUGGCAGCCAGGGAAUCAUCAUCUAGAACACGUCCAAGAAACUAAUGGGAUCGAGUACCAGUCCGAGAAAGAGAUGACCUAUCAUCUCUACCAAUGCUUGAAACGCUCGAAUCAAUUGCUUGCUGGGAUGCGGAAUCAAUCGCGGAAAGAACAUGUCUUACUUGCGGAUGUAAUGAGUGGCUUUGAGUUGUGCGUUGAAGCCGUCGUAAAUCAUCGUAAAUUUAACCCGGGUACACAUGAAAAACUCGACCGAUUUUCGAGCUUGCUUCGAGCCUAUUGCCAAGAAACAUUUCCCAAUUACCCCAAUAUCAUUGAACCUCGAAAAAUGCAACUGCGCCAGGUUUUAGGCCUCCUUCCCGAAGAUCAAGCGAUAGAAGACGUGAGUGUACCACCAUCACAAGUUCAUGCCACUCCAGCGACACUUGUACCUGAAAUUCCGCAAGGCAUCAUCGAUUCGGCGGCUUUCGUGAUACCGUCUGACCAGGACUUGGAAAUCAAUAGAUUGCAUCGACAUUACCCGGAUAUGGAUAUAGGCGAACUCCUAAUGUUGAUUGAAGAUACGAGGCAGUUCCACCAAGGAUCUGUGACCGAGGAGGUCUUACACGAGGCCAUCGAAGAAUUUCGCCGUGUUGAAGGUUAUCCCGUUUCGGGCUCGAUGGAAAACAACUCCCAGAGCCAACACGCUGGGGAAAAAUUGGCCCCCAAUAUUGCGCAUCCGAGCACGAAUCAGAUGGAUGGUGCUGUUCACGACGUCUUAUCAAAGUUGUUGCUAAAUAUUUCCUCCUAUCAACCUCAAGUUGAUGUGGAAGACAUUAAUGCAGAGGAUUGCACAGUCUGCCUUGAGACUUUAGGUAUGACUGAUUUGGAAACCUUGCAGCCAUGUCAACAUCGUUUUCAUCGAAAGUGUAUCCGAGAUUGGCUUUCGCAGCAGAGAGAUUGUCCUCUCUGUCGCAAUCAUAUUCUCUUGGAUGAAGAUUUCCCGAAGCUACAAACCCAAGAUUAGGCGAUUCUCUCUCGAUUUGCCUUGAUCGAAAUAUCAAAGGGAUGAAGUUUGGCGAUUGCCUCUAUCAGAAUGAGGGCUUUGAAGGCGUUUGCUUACGUUCUUGAGAUGCUCUCGACAGUUUCAUUCCGAUAUGUGAUAGUUUGCCGAAAGGAAGCACACAUAAGAUUAUGUUAAACAUGUUUUCCAGGAAAUAACUUGACGAACAGAGUCCACUCGCUUGUCUUCGGGACAUUGUAACCAUGAUCAUUGUCAGCGUAAUAGUAAAGGACUCGCAAUAUAUUGGAAUAUUUUA